CUUGGUCUGUCAGAUUCAGGAUGGAUCGGUCUUUUCUUGUGCUGUGUGUGCUGCUUUCUGCCAUCAGCUGUUCAGCUGACAAAGGUGUGCAGACUGGAAUGAGAGCAGCAGCAGGAUCUAAGUCAGUGACUCUUCAGCCCUGGCUGGUGGGUCUGACAGCUGUAGUUGGCUUCCUCUUCAUCGUGUUCACCAUCCUGAUUAUUCACAGGCUGCUCAAGAGGAACAGGGAGGACAAAGGCGACUGGGUUUAUGAUAAGACUUUGGAGAUGGAAGGAGGUGAUACCAAACAAACCAGUCUGUGA